GUGGACUCAGGUGUUUGCAGCUCUUCGUUUUUGUUUCGAGUCAGUUUUUCAGUUUUGCUGUGAAACAGUGGAACUGAUCAGUUCAACUCUUCACUUGUUCACUUGUUCUCUGGAUUAACGACCUGCUCCUCAGCUCACAGAAGAAUCCAGGUCGGUGUGGAAUCAUCAGUGGAUUCCUCACAAGCUGAUCUGGAGGUCAGAUCUGAUCUGUGGAAGUUCCCUCCAACUCCGUCACGUCGAGCUGAGGAACCAAAUCGACUCAUAACUUCAUCUGGCGUCUGCAGGAAAAUCCCCGAGGGAGGAAGAAGAAGACCAGGCUCCUGCUGCCGAGAGCUGAGCCCUCGUCUGCAUCACUGUCCUCUUCCUCGCCGUGAGUCAUGGCCGGAGCUCUGAGGAUGAGUGAAGCUCAGUUCAUCAACGUGUACGACAGCGACCUGCAGCUGAAUCUGAUGCCGUACGACUACAUUCCUCCAGUGGACAUAAAGACGGAGCCGUACAUACCUGAGACAGCUCACGGUCCAUACAUUCAGAUCAUCGAGGAGCCAAAACAGAGAGGCUUUCGUUUCCGGUACGAGUGCGAGGGGCCGUCUCAUGGCGGGUUGCCGGGGGCGUCCAGCGAGAAGAACCGGAGAACCUACCCGACCGUGAAGAUUAAUAACUACGUGGGUCACGCCCGGGUGGAGGUCCAGCUGGUGACCCACUCGGACCCGCCCCGGGUCCACGCCCACAGUCUGGUGGGACGCCACUGCACCGAGAAGGGCACCUGCAUGCUGGACGUCGGCCCCAAUGACCUCACCGCCUCGUUCAGUAACCUGGGAAUCCUCCACGUGACCAAGAAAGGUGUGGUGGAGAUUCUGUGCAAAAGGCUGAGAGACGAGAGGAAGAGACAGAAAGGACCACACAGCAACCUGACAGACGUGGAGGAGAGCGUCUGUCUAAAGGAGGCCAAGGAGCUGGGGAAGGUGAUGGACCUCAACAUCGUCAGGUUGAAGUUCACCGCCUACCUCCAGGACAGUAAUGGAGGAUUCACCCGAGCUCUGAAGCCCGUUGUCUCCAACCCCAUCUACGACAGCAAGUCUCCGAACGCCUCCAACCUGAAGAUCUCCAGGAUGGACAAGACGUGCGGCUCAGUGCUCGGAGGAGACGAGAUCUUCUUGCUCUGUGACAAAGUGCAGAAAGACGACAUUGAGAUCCGCUUCUACGAGGAGGACGAUGAGGGAGGCUGGGAGGCGUUCGGAGACUUCUCCCCCACCGACGUCCACAAACAGUACGCCAUCGUCUUCAAGACUCCGGCCUAUCACAGUGCGGAGAUCGAGCGUCCCGUCACCGUCUUCCUGCAGCUGAAGAGGAAGAAGGCCGGCGACAGCAGCGACCCUAAACAGUUCACCUACAUCCCGCAGGUCCAAGACAAAGAGGAGGUGCUGAGGAAGAAGCAGAAGCCGCUGCCUCACUAUGAACCCUGGAGAGGAGGAGGAGGAGGAGGAGGAGGACGAGGAGGAGGAGCCGCCGGGGGGUUCGGAGGUGGAGCCGGAGGAGGAGGUGAGGGAGGAGGAGGAUUCCAGUUCAGUCAGCAGCUGAACGGAGGAGCAGGAGGGGGAGGAGCCUUCUUCACUGGCGGCUUCGCAGGCUUCAGUGGAGGGGGAGGGGCUCAGAUGUCAGGCUCCACCCCUCAGACAGAUGUUACCCACCAACAGGGUGACGGACAGAGCAGGGCACGGCUGCGGCAGCAGCUAUGUCAGAUCGCCGCCCACUUCCGCAGCCGAGCGACUCAGAGCAGCCAACACGCCGCCACCCUGCUGCGCUACUGCAGCACGGGCGACGCCCGCAUCCUGCUCUCCGUCCUGAGACAAGUCUGCUGCGUCCAGGACGCCAACGGAGACACUCCUUUGCACCUGGCCGUCAUCCACCAGCAGACGGCCGUCAUCCAGCAGCUGAUCCACACGUUGCUCAGCAGCCGCCAGCAGAACCUCCUCAACAUGGCCAACCACCUGCAACAGACGCCACUACACCUGGCAGUCAUCACCCGGCAGGUGAAGGUGAUGGAGGUGCUGCUGCAGGCGGGGGCCGACCCCAGCCUGGUGGACAAAGAUGGCCGCAGCCCGCUGCACCUCGCGGCGCUGGCCGGAGACAACGCCACACUCCGCCCCCUGCUGGCUAACCUGGGAGAACGCCACGGCCACCUUGUCAACACCGCCGACUUUCACGGGCUCCACCCGCUCCACCUGGCGGUGAGGAGGGACGGGGAACGCUGCCUCCGCCUGCUGGUGGAGGGCGGAGCCAAAAUCAACGCGCCAGAGCAGAAGAGUGGAAACUCCGCCCUCCACCUGGCUGUCAGAGAAAACCUGUUCAAGGUGGCGUGCACGCUCAUCACGGAGCUGAAGGCCGACGUCAACGCCUGCACGUUUGGAGGAAACACGGCGCUGCACCUGGCGGCCGGUCUGGGCUCGCCCACGCUCUGCUCCAUGCUCAUCGCUGCAGGUGCCGAUAAGAACGUGGAGAACGACGAGCCGCUCUUCUUCCACAGCUCGUCAGAAGAAGAAGAAGAAAAAGAUGAGGACGGACCAAUCGCAGAGCCGGAGGCGGCGGCGGCCUCACAGCCAAUCAACCCUCGCAAGAGGCCGGCGGGACACACCCCCUUGGACCUCGCCCAGUGCCAGAAGGUCAGGAAACUGUUGAGCUCCAGACAGAGUCCCACGUCGAGUCGUCACGCCAACAAGAGGAUCAAAUCAAGCAGCAGCGAAGUUGGACCAGCUGCAGAGCGGGACGGGACGGGCCUGGACGAGGACACACUGUCCCGCUUGGUGGAGGUUCUGAGCGUGGAGGACGUCCCCUGGAGGAAACUGGCCGAGAAGCUCGGGAUGAUGACGCUGACGCACCUGUACCAGGACAGUCCCGCCCCCUGUCACCACCUGCUGCAGCACUACAGGUUGGGCGGUGGUCCGGUCCGAGGUCUGGUCGAAGCUCUUCAGAGUCUUGGUUUGUCCGAUGGCGUACGAUUGCUGCGGAGCUCGGAGCUGCCGGACGACAAACUCAACACAGACGCAACUGUCGACAGCGGCUUCGGCAGCCAGCCAAUGGAAGACGAGGAGCCGCAUGUGGCCAAUCAGUGAUGAGCAAGAAAGAAAAUCGGACAUCAGAGCAGCAUGUGGUCCUGAUCCUGGUCCUGGUCUGUGCAGAUGUGGACUUCACUGUGUAGACUGACGUCCAGCUGAGACGUUCACAGACUCUGUUCAUUUCAGCUGCAGAGACGAAGACAAAGACAAGACGACCGUCGUCAAACAAAUCAGUUGAACAGUUCCAGAAAGACCUGGAAGAAUUCAAGAACAUGUUUGAAAUAAGAACACGGCAGAAUAACUUGUUUUUGUCUGGGUUUUUCAUUUAUAUUUAUAUAUUUGAUAUAUAUUUAGUUUGUCUUCUAAUUGCUUCAGUUUAUUUCUGAGGGUUUUGUGACGUUUCACCUUGAAAGUCCUUGAAUCUCAUUUUAAUCUGUUUAAUGUUUGGAGGAUUAACGUAAACAGGAAAUCUAUGUUGUGUUUACUGUGUGUGUGUGUGUGUGUGUGUGUGUGUGUGUGUGUGUGUUGCCUUGACAACAGAAGUUGUGACCUGAAGAGCCGAUCGGAUUUUUUUCCACCUCUCUUAAAAACUGGAAUUUCCUACUUUCUGUCUCAUCGUCAGAGAAAUUAGAUUUUUUUAAUGGAAGAUCAUUUAUGCCAGUGAAAAAAUAAAAGUUGUAAAUAGUUUUUAAUAAAAAAAA